GCAAGUGAAGUAUUAUCAUUAUACACAACAAAACUUCCCGAACGUUUUCAACCUCUCAUGCUCUUAUGGAGCAAUAAACCUCAGCUCUAUAAUCUGUCAAAAAUUCCCAAACUUUUUCCCCUUAACUCGCAAUUUCAACACUUCUUCUCUUCUAAUCAUUUCCAAUAAUUUUGUUUGCAAUGUCAUUACUUCCUUUCACUCCAUUUCAUAACACUUCUUUCAUCAUUUCUCUUCACUGUAAGCUCAAUUUAGCGCCAAAAUUCAAAAUUGAUGCUUCAGUACCUCAAAUUCUGGGUUUUACAAAUUUCCCACAUCCUAAAAACCAAAUUUUCUUGAGAAAUCAACAUGAUAAUGGUUUUCGCAAUUCCAAUCAUCAAGUUGGGGAAGAUGAAUUUGUUGAAUGUUUCUCUCUUUUGAACCAAGUUAACACGAACUACAGUAAAUCUUACGAUUGUAAACAAAUUCAUGGGCGAAUUGUUAAAGUGGGUGCUUUAAAGGUUGAUGCUUUUAUAGGAAAUAUGCUAGUGGUUGCGUAUGCAAAGAGUCUUUAUUUGUUGAAUGAUGCACAAAAGCUGUUUGAUGAAAUUCCUAAGAGAACAGUAUCCUCACAUGCUGCUUUGAUCAACUCGUAUUGUCGAGCCGAGAAGUGGGUUGAUCUUUUUUCAGUUUUUGAGAUGAUGGUAAAUAAUGGAAUGUUGCCUGAUAGAUAUCUUUUACCAACUAUUUUAAAAGCUUGUUCUGUGAUGAAAGAUGGAAGAAUUGGUAGAAUGGUUCAUGGGUAUGCUAUGAGGAGGGGGCUUGAUGAGGAUGUGUUUGUUGGGAAUGCUCUUAUUGAUAUGUAUACAAAUUGUGGGGUAUUGAGAUUGUCAAACAGUGUUUUCGACAUGAUGAUGGUUAGGGAUGUGGUUUCUUGGACUGCCCUUAUUGUAGCUUAUAUGGUUAAUGGUCUUGUUGGAGAGGCGAUGGACACGUUUUGCAGGAUGGAGUUGGAAGGUGUGGAAGCCGAUUUGAUUUCGUGGAAUGCGCUUCUCUCUGGCCUUGCCAUGAAUGGAGAAAUUGAAUUGGCUCUGGAAAUUCUAGAAGAGAUGCAAAGGAAAGGGGUGAGGCCACUAGAGAACACUUGGAAUGGAAUAAUCUCAGGCUUUAAUCAGAACGAAUUUUAUAGAGAUGCUUUAGAUGCAUUUUUUAAGAUGAUUUGGACUUUCUUAACACCUAAUGUCUUGACAAUUGUCAGCAUUCUACCAGCUUGUGCGGGCAUGAAGGAUCUAGAUUUAGGAAAAGCUAUUCAUGGACAUGCUAUUAAACUUGGCCUUCAUGGGGAUCCUCAUGUUGAUGGAUCAUUAAUUGGUAUGUAUUGGAAAUGCGGAAGGAUUGAUGAUGCCGAAAAUAUUUUCAUCAGGAUAAAGCACAAAAGCACUUUUAUAUGCAAUGAGAUGGUCGCAGCUUACAUGAGUGAGGGAAAUGUGGUAUCAGCUCUUACACUUUUUGAAUCCAUGAAAGACUCUGGUCCAACACCUGAUGUUAUUACUUAUAACACAAUGCUUGCUGCCUGUUUUAGAGAUGGCAGAACUGAGGAAGUAUAUCAAUUGCUGUAUGAAAUGUCUGAGAUGGGUCUGCUACCAAAUGUUGUCACGUUCAACAUUUUAAUAUCUGGUUAUCAGCAAUCUGGCCUUAGUCAUGAAGCUCUGAAUUUUUUUCAGGCCAUGCAAUCGCCUCAUUGUGGUAACUUUCUUUCACAAAUAUUACGGUAUUCAAUUCAACCAAAUCCUGUCGCUGUUACUGGUGCUCUUGCAGCUUGCGCUGAUUUAGGUUCAUCACGCCAUGGGAAGGAACUUCAUGCUUAUAUAAUCAGGAAAGGGUUUGACUCUAAUAUAUUUGUUUCAAGUGCACUGGUUGAUAUGUAUGCAAAAUGCAGUGAUAUAAACUCAGCAAUAGAAGUUUUCUGGAGAGCAAGAAACAGGAAUACAGUUACUUGGAACACAUUGAUGGCAGGUUACAUCAACAGAAGGCAGGAACAUGAGGCACUCAAUCUCUUUGAUAGAAUGCUGAAAGAAGGAAUUGAACCAAGCCCUGUUACUUUUAUGAUACUCUUUCCUGCCUGUGAAGAAUUAGGAGCUGUUAGAUUAGGAAGAGAGAUGUAUGGAUACCUUCUGAAGAAUCAGUUUGAUGACUGCGAUAAUCACCUUCCAAGUCCUUUGAUAGACAUGUAUGCUAAAUGUGGCACCAUAUGGGAGGCUGAAAGGGUAUUUGAUCCCAAACUACAAUUUGAGAAUAAAUUUAAAGGCAAUUUUUUAAUGAAAUGCAUUCAAUAUACUUCUUUUGUACCUAUUUGUGGACACUUUUAGAACCUGUAGAAGAAAUAUUGGAGCUGCUCAAAAGGUGGUAUUACAUGUAACAGAACAUAACAUCAAUGAUGAACAUUUUUUUUAUAUCUCUAACAUUUGGCGUCUUUUUGUAGUAUGAGAUAUAAUGAUGUGAAUGGUUUCACAAAGCAUUUAUGUUCAGAGAUGCCCAUAACAACAAGACAUUGAUGAAGGAAAAUCAGACAAGGCUGUACCGGUAUUGAAAUUGAGAUAAGAAAGAAGGAUGCAUGUGAUAUUAAUGGCUACUGGAGGGAAGGAAAGAAGAGGAUUGAAAAAACAAUACUACAACCACAAUAUCUCUGAAAACCUCCAUCAAAGCGAAUUCUCAUUGCUUCCUUUGGUAAUUCUCUUUAAGCUCCAAAAUCAUAAGGACGCUGCUUGCUCCGGUAAUUCUCUUUGAAUGUAACAAAAGCCAGGGAGUGGUGAGUCAAAUUGGAAGAACUUUUGUAACUGCAAUCUUGAUUCUGCUUGGCUCACAGCCAAAAGUCAUUUUUCCUUGGAGGCUAAAUCUUUGAGGGAGACAUGGAGUGCUUAAGCAUGUUGGCAAAAAAAUCAGGCGAUCUUGUUUAGCAUGGAUCUUAGUAUUAUGAUGUUACCUUUCUCAGGCAUUUGAGGUAACCCGAAGGCCUACCGGAGACUAGAGAAUCCCAUAAUCUGCCCUUUUGGGACUUCGAAUCAAUGAUUUCGGGCAACUUCUGUGCUUCUUCUGUCAAACUGGGUUCGAUAUUCAAGCAGCUCUUUGUUAAGAUCCAGUUGAUGCCAUCCUAUGCAUUACAGAUGCAUUAUCAUUUAUCAAAUCGUCCUCCAAUUGGCAGCAUGUACAACAAAUAGUCCCAAUUAUCAUCUUUAAUCUAUUACUUCUAUUUGAGUGCAGUAAUUUCAUUCUUUUCUCCUAUUCUUUUAAUGUAUCUAAAUUCAUCUAACUAUUACUCUUUGACAUUUUAAGUGUAAUCAUAGUUAUAGUACGAAUGAAGUAUAUAUAUGAUAAUUUUGCCAAAUGCAUCCA